AAUGCAUACAAAGCAAAGGACAUUGCCCCACAUUUCGCUUUCACUUGAGCUUGAGCCUUUAGCCCCUUCAGUCAUUUUAUGGCUCUCUGAUCUUUAUUAUUGUUAUUACUAUUAUUGCUUUUUGGCCCUUUUUGAGAAUUGUGCUUUGCCUAUAUACCCCUUUUCACUUUUCUCUUCUCUUCUCCUCUCCUCUCUUCUCUUUACCACCGUGUUCUGCUCAUUUCCAUAAACUCAACCCACAAACACCAUAAAUCUCUUUAAUUAUUUGUUUCUUAUGACUCUUUUCUUCAUCUAGCUCUUUUCUUCUUCUGCCUCUUGUGAACUUCAUGCAGUACUUACCCAUUUCAAUCUCUUCCUGUUCCAUUGAUUAUUUCAACUUUUGAAUACAACAGCACAAUCUAACUGAUUCUGAUUUCCUCCUCUCCUUGGUGCGGAAAUGAGGAAGCUGUUUAUUGUUAUGUUCUUUGUCUGUUUGGGAAGUUGGAGAAGCUAUGCACAAGACAGUGGAGAAGCUCCAAUGGAGAAAACAGAGAUGGAUUCUCUGUUCUCUUCUAUUCAAGGCUUUGUGGGUAAUUGGUGGAAUGGCUCAGAUUUAUACCCAGAUCCCUGUGGAUGGACGCCAAUACAGGGGGUUUCUUGUGAUAUAUUUGAUGGGCUUUGGUAUGUCACUUCACUAAACAUUGGACCAACUCAUGACAAUUCUCUAGCUUGUUCCCCAAAUGCUCAUUUCAGACAGCAAUUGUUUCAACUCAAACACCUUAAAACUCUGUCCUUCUUUAACUGUUUCGUCUCAACAAAAGGGAAGAAUUCUGUUUCACUCCCAACUGGAGAAUGGCUUAAACUCGCCGGAACUUUAGAAUCUCUUGAGUUCAGAUCAAACUCCGCACUUUCCGGACAAAUUCCUGCCAGUUUAGGGACUUUGUCAAAGCUGCAAUCUUUGGUUCUGUUACAGAACGGAUUCGUCGGUGAAAUACCAGAAAGUUUUGGCGAUUUGAUCGAAUUGAAACGAUUGGUUCUUGCUGGGAACUCACUCACUGGGCCAAUCACUCAAAAUCUAGGCAAGUUAAGCGAACUACUGAUUUUGGAUUUGAGUAGAAAUUCGUUGUCGGGUUCUUUACCAUUAAGUUUGGGAAAUUUGACGGCCCUUUUGAAGCUUGAUCUAAGUGAGAACAAAUUGAGUGGAAUUUUGCCUAGUGAAUUAGGCAAUAUGGGAAAUUUGACGCUUUUGGACUUAAGCAACAAUAGCUUCUACGGUGGAUUGAGACAGUCGUUUGAGAAGAUGAGUUCCUUAGAAGAAAUUAUCUUAUCCAGCAACCCAAUUGGGGGAGAACUCAAUACCAUAAACUGGAAAAAUCUACAAAAUUUAGCGAUUUUGGAUCUUUCCUACAUGGGUCUGUAUGGGGAAAUUCCAGAUUCAUUAUCUGAAUUGAAAAGUCUACGGUUUUUGGGACUUAGCCACAACAAUCUAACAGGAACCCCCUCUCCAAAACUUGCAAACCUGCCAUUUGUUAGUGCAAUUUACUUGUUUGGAAACAAUUUGUCUGGUGACCUUAAAUUCUCCCAACAGUUUUACGGGAAAAUGGGAAGGAGAUUUGGGGCAUGGGACAAUCCUAAUCUGUGUUACCCCAUUGGAACGUUGGCGGCAAAAAAUGCUCCAUUUGGUGUGAAGCCAUGUGAGGAAGAAAAAGAAGAAGAAGUGGUGAAAUUGAUGAAGAAACCCAUCUCCAAGGCGAGUUUUGAUACAAACAAUUGGAAUUUUGAUGUUUCAAAGGGCUAUUCUCUAAUUGGAAAUGAAGAAUUUUGGUUGAAAUUUGUGGGGAACACAUUAACGAUGGUUCUGUUAAUCAAUAUGCUUUUAUGAAAUAGAAACAGAGGUUUGUAUUUCUAAGUGUUUGGUGUGAAUUUGAAAGCUAACGUCCUUAAAGAAAAAAAAAAAAAAGGAAAUUACUUACUUUUUCUAUAAAAAAAAAAAAAAUGUUAUUUGUAAUGGAGUUUACUUUGUUUCAACUUCAACCACUAAAUUUGGUUGUGUAAGUAUUAGUAUUAGCUUUUAUUUGUGUAAUACUAUAUCAGAAUUUGCGUUAUA